GGCUUUGCUUUUAUAUUUGUUUCCUUUAGUUUGAAAUUCUAAUUGAAUAUAAAAACCAAAACUGUGUCCAAAAACUCUUUAUUUUCCAGAAAGUGCUUUAUUAUUACUUAUGUGACCCUGGAUAUUUGUAUCAAUAGCUGGGUGGAUGGGUCAAAAUAUUACAUUUUCCUUUAUGCUAAAAAUCAUAAGGAUAUUAAGUAGGUCUAAAGACCAUGUUUCUUUAAGAUACUUUCUAAAUUUCCUACCCUAUAAACUUUUGAAAAAAAAAUGUUUUGAUUGAGUAAUAAGCAUCACUAUAAACUUAAUUUGAACAACUUUAAAGGACAUAUUUGUUUUUUGGGAUUAUUUGUUUAUUGUAACCUCAGAUUCCAUAUUUUCACAGUUGUAUCUCAUUAAGUCUAAUAUUGUCCUAUCCUAUCAAACCAUAAUUUUAAUGGAAAGCUUGUUUAAUCAGCCUUCAGAUUAUAUAAAAUCACAGCUUCACAAAAUUGACUGGUUUUGCGGUCCAGUGGCACAAAUAUGCGUAGCAUGGCAUUCAAAUUCGAAAUCAAAAUAAAAACCAUAACUGUGUUCAAAAUCUUUCCCAUUCUUUCCAUUAGUUUCGUGCGCGUUGACGCUAGGGGGCUGUCGCGGCCAGCGAGUCUGAGCCAAUCACAAAGCUCGGAACGAGUGACGCAAAUACGUCAAGCGCUCGCAGGCCUGCGUGACGCGCGAGCGGAGAGUCAACCGAUGUUGCGUCUGAGUGAACUCUUCUACGUGAUUUCCCGAGAUUUCCAAGCCGCGAAAUGUAUGAAGAAAUGUCAGUAGAAAGGAACUGGACGGACACCGAGACAAGGGCGCUGCUGUACAUCCGACAGGACGAAGAAAUCAGCAGGCAAAUCAGCGGAACGGUUCGCGACUCCCUCAUUUACGCUGAAAUAUCGAGGCUUCUGCGCGCGCAAGGGAUCCACAGAACCAAGCGACAGGUCACCACCAAACUGAAGACGCUCAAGCAGAAGUUCCUGAAAAUACACGAGCAUCACAAAAACAGCGGCCACGGCAGAGUGUACUGGAAUUACUAUGAUCUCUGCAAGUCCAUCUGGGGCAGCAACCGCCCCACGGACGCUUUAACGCUUCAUAAUAACGUCAAACUCGAAGAGCCCCAGAGCACGUCCAUCGAGGACGCGAGGAACGAGAGCAGGUCCACGGACGUCGAGGUGUCAGUCAGUCAUGAGGACGAGGAGACGGAUGACAUGACAGACGUUGUUGCUCAACCUGUGAGGAAGAAGGCCAAAAAACGUUCUGUUACCGACUCUGUGAGAGAUCAGGAACCUCUCCAUGUGCAGAACCAGAGGGAGUACGAGGAAUGCUUGCGAAGGGAAGCCAGAGAAGAGCAGAAGGAGGAUCGAGCGAGUCUGAUGGCCAUGUGGAAGGAGAUGAUGGAGUUCCAAGGCAACCUCUUAAAGGAGUUUAUUCACCGCCCAUCUCUGCCUUCGCUUCCGUCUUACCACAGGCAUGCUCUUCACAACCAAGGACGCUCUAGUUUUCCAAGCACUAGUUACAUGGCUCCGUACGACUCGCCAGGAGCCGAAACGGAGAAUGAAAGCGCCAUCUCACACGAGGAAGAGGAAGAGGAGGAAGAAGAGAAAUAUGUUAUUCCAGCCGAGAUUGCACCCGUGUUGGACGUUCAGCCUGUUAACCGCGCAAACGACAGCCAAUCAAACACAGCGGAGACUGCAUCACCCCCGGCGCCCACACAAUCAGCGGGAAAGAGCGAUCUGGAGACAUCUGUGCUACUCAGACAGGAAAGAGUCUUACAGCUUCAGGAAGAAUACUAUUCACUCAAAAUCAAGUAUCUGAAACACAAGAUUUCCAAGGAUCCAUGACAGAGCGCCGAAGACGAGCCUUAACUGUUCUGAGAACUUCUGCAAAUGUAGAUGUCCUCAGCUGGAUGUAGGAAAAUGUCAGUGUCUCUGUGCAACUCAUAUUCCUUGUAGUUCAUUAUAAUAUUACAUAUUUUGACCAGUAGGUGGCAAGGUGGUUACUUCAUAUUUUACCUGGUGUCAUUAGAACAGGUAAGUCCAGGAUUUUCUUUAAAUAUGUGAAUUUUAAAAUUUAGCAGAUUUUAUUUUGCUAAGUUCUUCCCAUUUUCUCCACUAAAUAUUACCGGUCUUAUUACUUAUUCUUUUGCACAUAGUUGCAGAUAGGUUUUAAGGUUGACGAGUGAGCUGGACAUUACUCUCCUUAUGUGGAGUGUGUUUGUAACCAUUAUUUUUCAUUAAAUUAAUGAAAGCCACUGAGUCAGACACACAGUGUUUAAAAAAACUAAACUGAAAGCAAAAGUCUUGGUCGCCCUUUAUUUUAAUCUCCAAUCCUCGCUAUUGACAAAUCAUUAACUACGACUUUUGCCUCAAUAUAAUCCUAAUUUGCUGCUCAUUAAUAGUUAAUACGGUAGUUAUUUAGCUAUUGAUUAGGCCGUAGAAUAUGAUCAUGCAGAAUAUGUGCUUUAUAAGUGCUAAUAUACAAAUAUGUUAAUAAUAAGCAUGCUAACGGGCACUAGUUAGUAGUGAGAAUUGGUCCUAAAAUCUUUAAAAAAAAAAAAAUUGUUUAAAAGCACUGAUUCCCAAACUAUUUUUGUUAGUUAAAGAAAAGUAUUUCAUCGUAAUUGUAAUAUAUUUUCAGUUAUAUUUAAUAUUUGAAAACGUCUGCAUGCUCACUGUUGAUGGUCACAUGACAAGUAGGUAAACAAAUAAAAUAUAUUUUUAAAUAA